CCCAAAAAACGAAAGCGAAAUCCUUCUUCUUCUUCAUAAUCUCAACGUUCACAGCUUCCAUAGAUUGCAUUUUCACAAGAUUAUCGCCAUGGCUAGCUCCUGGAGAGCUCGAGGAUCUCUGAUCGUUCUAGCAAUUGUUUUCUUCGGAGGUUUGUUUGCAAUUUCCAUUGCGAAAGAGGAAGCAACAAAAUUAGGAACUGUUAUUGGGAUAGAUUUGGGAACUACUUAUUCUUGUGUUGGAGUCUACAAGAACGGUCAUGUAGAAAUUAUAGCGAAUGACCAAGGAAACCGUAUCACACCUUCUUGGGUCGCUUUCACUGAUAGUGAGAGAUUGAUCGGUGAGGCUGCGAAGAAUCAAGCAGCUGUUAACCCUGAAAGGACAGUCUUCGAUGUCAAGAGACUUAUCGGUAGAAAGUUUGAUGAUAAAGAAGUUCAGAAAGACAUGAAGCUUGUUCCUUACAAGAUCGUGAAUAAGGAUGGAAAGCCUUACAUUCAAGUGAAGAUCAAGGAUGGUGAGACCAAGGUUUUCAGCCCUGAGGAAAUCAGUGCUAUGAUUCUAACUAAGAUGAAGGAAACAGCGGAAGCAUUCCUUGGAAAGAAAAUCAAGGACGCCGUCGUCACUGUUCCAGCUUACUUCAAUGAUGCCCAAAGGCAAGCAACCAAGGAUGCCGGUAUUAUUGCUGGUCUCAACGUUGCUAGGAUCAUCAAUGAGCCUACAGCGGCUGCCAUUGCAUAUGGUUUGGACAAGAAAGGUGGCGAGAAGAAUAUUCUUGUAUUCGAUCUUGGUGGUGGUACUUUUGAUGUCAGUAUCUUGACCAUUGACAAUGGCGUUUUUGAGGUUCUUGCCACAAACGGAGACACUCACUUGGGAGGUGAGGACUUUGACCAGAGAAUAAUGGAAUACUUCAUCAAGUUGAUUAAGAAGAAGCACGGAAAGGACAUCAGCAAGGACAACAGAGCUCUUGGAAAGCUUAGAAGGGAAUCUGAGCGUGCCAAGAGAGCAUUGAGUAGCCAGCACCAGGUCCGCGUUGAGAUUGAGUCCCUCUUUGAUGGUACUGACUUCUCCGAGCCAUUGACCAGAGCUCGUUUUGAGGAGUUGAACAAUGACUUGUUCCGAAAGACCAUGGGACCAGUGAAGAAAGCCAUGGACGAUGCAGGUUUGGAGAAGAACCAAAUUGAUGAGAUUGUUCUGGUUGGUGGUAGUACCAGGAUUCCCAAAGUUCAACAGCUCCUCAAGGAUUACUUUGAAGGCAAGGAACCUAACAAGGGUGUGAACCCUGAUGAGGCUGUUGCUUAUGGUGCUGCUGUUCAAGGAAGUAUCUUGAGUGGAGAAGGUGGCGAAGAAACCAAAGACAUCCUUCUUCUUGACGUUGCCCCUCUUACACUUGGAAUUGAAACUGUUGGUGGAGUGAUGACCAAGUUGAUCCCCAGAAACACUGUCAUCCCAACAAAGAAAUCUCAGGUUUUCACCACUUACCAAGAUCAACAGACCACCGUCUCCAUUCAGGUCUUUGAAGGUGAGAGGAGUCUCACUAAAGACUGCAGGAACCUCGGAAAAUUCGAUCUAACUGGAAUUCCUCCGGCACCAAGGGGUACCCCACAAAUUGAGGUCACCUUUGAGGUUGACGCCAAUGGUAUCCUGAACGUUAAAGCCGAAGACAAGGGCACUGGUAAAUCCGAGAAGAUCACCAUCACCAACGACAAGGGUCGGUUGAGCCAAGAGGAGAUUGACCGGAUGGUUCGUGAAGCCGAGGAGUUCGCCGAGGAGGACAAGAAGGUAAAGGAGAGAAUUGAUGCGCGUAACAGCCUGGAAACCUACACCUACAACAUGAAGAACCAGAUCAAUGACAAGGACAAGCUUGCCGACAAGCUUGAAUCUGAUGAGAAAGAGAAGAUCGAGACCGCCGUCAAGGAUGCUCUCGAAUGGCUCGACGACAACCAGAGCGCCGAGAAGGAAGACUAUGAGGAGAAGCUCAAGGAGGUGGAGGCCGUCUGCAACCCCAUCAUCACCGCAGUCUACCAAAGGUCCGGUGGUGCUCCUGGCGGUGAAUCAGCAGAAGACGACGAGUCUCACGAUGAGCUUUAAACAGAGUGUUUAGUAAUUUUUAUUGAUCUCUUUCGGAAGGCUGCAGGGUUGGUUGAGAAAAUGAUGAGGACAUAGAGAAAUGGUAGUAGGGAAUGGCAAAAGAAACUCACUGUAAUUCUUUAGAUAGGAUGGUUGAACUUUUUUUUUUUCCUUCUUUUUUGCGAAUGAUGCUUUGCAUUCUCCAUUA